UUCACGGGACUGCCAUGACGCACGCGCAUUAAUUGGAGACGAAUGAGCGCGUGCACGAGUGUUGAGUGGUUUGUUCGUGAAGACGCAGAGGCGGUGUGACCUUCUCACCCAAACUCUGAUUAUUAUUAUUAUUAUUAAUAUUAUUAUUAUUAUUAUAGUCAUCAUUGUCAUUAGUAUAUGAAGAGUGGAAAUAAAAAUGGAGGCUGCCAUUGAUUUCAAGUCCCUCCGGGCUAAGUUUCAGGAGGGGAGCCAGCUGAAAGAUAGGCCUGUAGUUCUGGAAAAACCAAAACGCUUUCUACCUACAGCAAGUCGUGCCGGUUCUGUAACUGUUUCCUCUGUGGAGGACAAAAAUCCUGCCAUUCCACACUUUAACUUAAGAGAUGAUCAAAAGAUGCUAUCAGGCAAAUGGCCCAGUGCUAUGGCGUCUUGUUUUUUCCCACCUGCCGCUAAUGGCGUUGGAAGUGGUGUUGCUAGACGCUCUCUCAAAGAUCGUCACUUGCCUCUUGUGCUGCCUGCGUCCUCUACCGCCUCUUCUAACAAUCCAAAGCAGGAGGCCACUGCUUCCUCCAAGCUGGUCACGUCACCAAUCAAGUGCAAGAAGAAGGCCAUGCCGACGCCGUUCAGGCCCGCUAAGUUUUCCAAGUCCAUUAAAGACAUUUUGGAAAAUGCAGAACAUCCUGAAAGCAGCAAGCCACAGUCUGAACAUUACACCGUGGGGAACGGAUUUAGCCACCACAACGGGGGGUCAAACCCGGGGUCUUCCUGUCCGAGCCCAGAUCAGCCAUCAACACCAUCGCCGACAGCCGAAGAUCCAUCAAAUGGGGGUAGCAUUCCUCACGUCCUCAGCACUCUGGAGAGAGCCAAGAAAAGGUUCUCGCCCAAGAACCUUCUAGUCUAUACCCGACCCAAGAGCUUCUACUCCAGUAAAGGACCGACAGGGAGCCCUCCUCCUCCUGUGGAGUGUGAAAACCUUCAGUGUGAUGAUGAAUCUUCGUCUCUGCGGUCAGGAUAUCGAUCUGCUAACUCGCCAACCCUCACUGCCCGAAAUCUACCACAAGCCAAUGGUAUAAACCAUGGACCCGUUUUGCACCUGAAUGGUGAUGUGAAGCCAGUACAGCCUGGUGCCCUUGUCCCUCCUCUCGUUAAAGCCCUACCAGAGAUGACAUCGCUGUGUCCCUUACCCGUGAAACCGAUGAGACCACCACAUGUCGAUUUGAGUGCUUACAGGACCCAUAAGCGGGAAAAUACAACUGAAGAAGCCACCAUGAACCUGGGUCCUGGUUCAGGCGGUAUAGCUGCUGAAGAUGUGGCUGCUGAGAAUACUCCAAUACUUCCUCCUCCUCAGUUUGAUGCUCCUCACUUCCUAGAUUUUGCCAGUUCUGUAUUAGAAGCGUUAAACACCAAUGUAAUAAAUCUCACUGCGCUGGAGAUGGAGGCUGCAGACUUUAGUGCCCCACCACCAGGGCCUGACGAGGCGAGUGAUGGCAAUCUUCAGAAGGAUGUGAUCCAGAAGUAUGUCACAGGUCCCGCAGAACCUGGUAAUGAUGGUAAUCUGCAGGGAACCAGUUUAGGGCAUGGGGCUGAUUCACGAUCAAUCGCAGCACUCGAAGCUCAGCUGUUGGAAGCUGUGACUGGCGAGAUCUCGAUGACCUGUCCUCAGAACAUACUGACCGAUUCCUUCAUCAGCAGUGAACUUCCAUCUGAACCAAGCAUCAACCAGCGGGACGAUAAUUACGAAGUCUGUGACAAUGUCUACGAAGAGGUGGAGUCAAUCAGCAAAUUCAGUUUUGGGCAAAACUCCCGCAAACGGAAAGGAGCUCCAAAGAAUCCCUAUGCCGAGUCCCCUGGGAAGGAGGAAACACGUAAAAGUGUAUGGCAUGCUGCACAGUGGACGGGUAUGAAUUCUGAGCCCAGUGUUGUGACUCCUGCUGUCUGGGACAGUGCUGCAUCUGUCAGGAAGGAGCGCUCGAGCCCCGACCACCACGAAGAGAAAGAGGCGCGGAAGAGAGAGAAGCAGCGUCUGGAGCGAGAGAAGAAGGAGCAGAAAGAGAAGGAGAAAAAGGAAAAUGAGAUGAAAAAGAAGUUUAAAAUCACCGGACAGGAGGAGCCCAUGUAUCAUGCUCGCGUGCUGCUGGACAGCAAACUGCGCAAACAUGACCUGCAGGUGAAGACCGGAGACACGGUCAGCAUCAUCCGCACCACCAACUGCCCCAAGGGCAAAUGGCUUGCCAGAGACUCGCAGAACAAGUAUGGCUAUAUUUCAGUGAUGAAUGUGGAGUUGAAUAUGAAGGAGAUGUUGGAGUUGGGGAAACGAGCCUCUCAAGCUAUCGGGAGAGGGCACGUCGAGGGUGACACACUCAGUCUCAGUAGCAGGUCUUCACAUUACAACCCGAUUCUCACAAGCAGCUUCACUGAUGACAGUGAGGAGUGGACCGGCGAGGAUGAAACCCGGUCUCAUUUAUCAGAGAACAUGUGUCCAAACAGAGCGGUCUCAAUGCCCGAGAUGUUUAAUGCUUUUCCCACUAAUCACCAUGCUCAGAGUGCCGACUGCGUGGAAGACGUUCCCUCACAAGUGAAUCAUGAAGCUCUCCAGAAGCUUGCAGUUUUCUUCCAGAACACCAAAGAUGACCUGAACACUGGAGCGGAAAUCACAGACGCGAUUUCCACCAACAUUAACGAUCCAGGUUUGCUGUGUGACGUGGAGGAGCCUCCAUAUGACGAGGAAGACCAGUUCAGUUUCGCGGACGUCGAGCUGCUGCCACCUCCUGAACUCUACGCCGACUUUUUCUGAGCUGUCAGACUCCAGGCUCCUGUUAGCACUCAGGAAAUACAGUCCAGUUCCCUGACUGCUGCUGUUACAGCACAUGUUUCAGACUGUUCGACUAAACACUGAACUCUUCUAGCCAGAAGUGUGUGUGUGUGUGUGUGUGUGUGUGUGAGAUUUAACUUCAGGUGUAAAAGAAGGCAGAGUUAAAUAGCACGUUACUAAAAGAAUGCGGACGGGCGUAGCACUUUAUGGGUGUGUAUUAUAUUGUGUCUAAAUGUUGCACCUCAUUUGGGCUGUGAAGACUUUGCACCAUCUUGUAUGACCUUCCUUUGUGUUUUCAUUUGAACACCUUUUUUUUGUUGUUGUUCAUGAUGCAGUUCAUGAUGCAGUGUUUCGGCAUCAUUUGUGUUCUUGUAUGUUUGUAUUAAAACUCAUUUCUGAAUGAAUGCAAACAAUAAAUGGAUUCAUAU